AUGGAAGCAUAUGAAAAUGCAAGAAUCUACAAGGAGAGAACUAAGGAAUUCCAUGAUCACCCCAUUUGUGAGAAAGACAUACAAGAAGGCAAUGAAGUUCUCCUUUACAAUUCAAGACUUCAUUUUAUGCCGGGCAAGCUUCGUUCAAGAUGGGAUGGCCUUUUCAAGGUAAUAGAAGUGAAGCCCUAUGGCAUAGUGGAGCUUCUUCAUCCUUAUAGUGGAGCAACCUUCAAAGUAAAUGGGCACCGACCUAAGAAAUAUCAUGGAUACAAGUCACCAAAAGAAUUGGAAGUAUACCUCCUUAAGGAUGCACCCAAGGACAACAAGAAGGAUGAGAUGGAUGUCCUUGAGGAUGUGCCAAGGAAAUGA